GUAACACGCGUGCCCAGAUCAAGAAUCGUGACUGGUACGGACAUAGCACUAAUCGUGGUAAUGCGAGCACGUCCAGCCUGCAGGAUCACUGUUACUGAUUGUGUUACUGACUGUGCCGAGCAAGUAAGUAAUUAUUAGUUACUGAGGCGGUGGUAAUCCACCUGCUGCCGCGGCUCAACUACUACUGUAUUCAACUAGACCGUAGCAGACGAGCUUGUGAUCGCUAGCGCUAGCGCUGGAGUCGCGGAGAGUGAAGUGCUGCCUGCGUUUACGUUUGCGCCUUCGCGUCGUUGCAGCAGCUGGUCCUGCGAACCUCCACAUCCCACGCUCACGCGGAGUUACAACGCGCAAAUCGUGCUGUGCCACUAAAAGUAGUGGUGGUGAUUUUGCUCUUUUCUGUCCGGCAGCCGCUGGUCUUGUAGGCCAGUUAGGCAGUAGACCGCUGCGCUGCAGGUCAUGGCUUGUGUGAAAGUAGGUGGAGAGUAUCUUGUUUCUUCGUCACCUGUAGCUGGUGCAAGGUGGAUGCCGAAGGUGGUGGCGCUGGUGGUAGUGGUGGUGCAGUCCGCGAUCCAACGCGAGCUAUUUCUGAGCUGAGGGAUGUACCGGCGGUGUACGACCACGAGUACUCCAGGUCGCGCAGCGAGUGCGUGUGAGUGCAGCGUUGGUUAGUGGGUUAGGUCAGGAGGGAUCUAGCCAGGCAGGUAGCGCUUGGGUAGAAGCACCCUAACGUCGAUCGAUUCUGUGGCGCUCGCGAUCGAGUAACAAAACUAACAUGCGCACCCUGGUGCCUGGGCCAGUUAAUCGUGGACAUCAGUGUGCCAGUGGAAUGGAGUUUGUGUGCUGCUGGCUCAGUAGGUUGUUACUACUGACUAGUCACGCGCUGCUGCUGGUUCAAGUGUGUAACAGUCCUGUAGGAUGGUGUCAAAACAGUAUUCCGCCGGGAGUGGGACAGACAGUGUACAAGCAGGCAGGGUUGCAGAAUCCGGAAUGCCAGCCAAUACCGGCGAGGCACAUGGAUCGAAUAGUGGACGAACGCAUCGCUGUGUCCAGGAACGAGAUGGCUGGAAAUGCCUCUCUGCUUGUAGGAAUCAUGGCCUCUAGUGGUAGCUUUGAUGUUGAGGAUGGCGCCUGCGUAGCUCGUCCACAGAACACUCUGGAUCUGCUAGAACCCGUGAUGUAUGUGCUGGAAGAACACUUUGCUGGAACACUGGCGGGUGCUGUGCGACCUGAUUGGGCCGUGCGUCUCGGCUACGUGUUCAUGGAUGACUGCCGGCUGUACGUGGAUGGUUCUCUAUCCGUCAUCAUGUCGUCUCUGUACAGUGGCCCGUAUCAACGCAGCCAUGUGUGCGUUGAGCAGACGGCGGUAAAGUCCGCUCCGCCGGUCCAGACAGCAGCGCCGACAUCCUCGCCCAUGCCGCCACCGCUGCCGGCCAGUCUGUCCAAGACGUUCAUGCUCAUCGGGCCGACGACGUCGGACGCUACACACGUAGUCUCGCCGAUGAUGUCCGUGUUCCGCUUACCCACGAUCAGCGCAUCGGCCACCAACGACGCGUUCACGUGCCAGGCGGUGAGCGACCCCGCUUCGCGCAAGGAGUGCGCCAGGCAUCACUCUUACUUCUACCGCACCGCCGCAUCCGACUUCUACCAGGCGAAGGCCAUGGUGGAGCUGAUGGUCCAGCACGACUGGAAGCUUGCCAUUGCGUUUGCGGUGGACAACGUCUACGGAUCAUCUCUGAUGAAUGCGUUUGGUGAGGAGGCUGCCAAGAGGAACAUUUGCAUCGCUUAUAGCAAACUAUUUUCCGAUUCAGACCUUACGCUUUCGAAGAACACUGUAGUGCAAGCUAUUGUGGAAAGACCCGAGGCAAUGGUGGUGGUGCUCUUUGCUAGCCUUCCACUCGCAACCAAGCUGAUAACGAAUGUUGCCGACCUGGGCUAUCAGGAAGGCAUAGACUUGCGCCGCAUCUGGAUCGGUAGCGACGGCUGGAGCAAUCACAACUUUGUGAGGAAUAACACUUUGCGUGAAUAUGCUAUAUCCAACAUUCUUUCCGUGCGGCUAACCGUUCACCCCAUCUACGCUACUGUGGUCUCACACUUGAUGGACGGCUUUCGGAAUCAUCUACGCAAGCGCACGCUGGAAAGCGUGCGGAGCAUGCCCGACGACUUUGUGUGCAGGAAUCUGGAGCAACAAUCUGAAAUAGGCUGUUUGUUCUGCAACACAACCUGCAACGCAAGCAGAUGUCAAGAAAACUACGAGGCCACGCUGGAGCGUUCAAGUUCCUUUCACAGUUAUGUCGAAACGAAUCUGUUGGCUUCACUGAUGGUGAUGAAAGCUGCCCAACUAGCUAUGGACAGUGUUGCAACGCGGCUUGGACCUGGCGCUACACACCAGCAAUUGAGUGCCGGCCUGGAAACGGCAAUGUCGUCGGAGAUCAGUCCCGUGCGCUACCUUGAGGACGUCGUGCUGGAGUGCGGGCCGAACGGCAGCUACCAGUGUAUGCCAUUCCGCUGCAUGCAUGAACUGCCACCGGCAUACGAAGCCAGUAGCUUCAACACCAACGAUGAGUAUCGCCGCUUUGGCACUUGGUCUUUAGACUUGCGUGGGCACUUGGACGAUCUGAGCAGCACCAACUGUAGCUGUUCAGAGCUCAUCCUGAGCUUGAACGAAGUAGAAGGCGGCUGGAGCAUUGACGGCGAUAUUGACCAUGAGCAUGACUGGGGUGGCGUCUCUUCAUCCGAUGGCGAAGUGCCGUUGUCCAGCUGCUCGACGACAAAGGAGUCGGCACAGUGCCCCGACGGUUGGGAGCACGUCAGUCGCGCCGAGCUACCGUGCUGUAUAUGGUGUGAGCAGUGUAAGGUCACUGAAUUUGUCAACAUCAGUGCCGAUGGCACGCGUUUGUGCAGUGGCUGCGUUUACGCGCACAUUCCGAACGCGGACCGUACGGCCUGCAUGCCGGCAGCACCACAGCCGCUGGACGUGCUUACUGCCUCGUUGCUCUUGUUUUUUGCGCUCGGUGGCGGCUUGGCAGUUGUGAGUGUAACGCUGGUGUUCCAUCGCUACAGGCACACUCCAAUAAUAAAGGGUACCGACUAUCGGUUCACAGUAUUCCAUUUGCUUGGAAUGCUGGGCGGCUUCCUGACCGUGAUGCCACGCGUACACAACCCGACAACAGCAGGCUGUAUCGUGGAGGAGGCCGGCGGAUUCCUGUUCUUUACGCUGACCAUGGCUAUCAGCCUGGUAAAGACGAGCCGCUUCGCCCGGCUGGUGCUGCACACGACGCGCAUAGACCGCAACGACUGGACGUUCUCCAACACUGCACAGGCGGUCUACAUUAUCGUUUUGGUGCUGAUAGGUGGCAUUCUCUACUUGCCGUGGAGAGUGAUCAAUACGCCCGGCACGGCUCUGCAUGAAAAGUCCUUUGGUGUUGUCUACCUUUACUGUACCAGGGUUACAGCUCAUGAACUUGUGAUGGAUGCGUACAUACUCUUUCUCAUCCUGAUAACGUGCAUACUUGGCUUCUUCACGCGUAAGCUGCCCAACAACUACAACGAAGCCAGGCAGAUGUUCAUGGGCGCCCUCUCCGCCUGCCUGGUGUGGUUUGUCACGUCGGCUCCGUACUACAACAAAGCAUUGGACCGCGGCAGGUCCAAUAUUUUCCUGGCCGUCCGUAUGAUCGGACACAUGUGGUCGCUGCUGCUCUGGAUGUACUCGUACCGUGUUUACGUUGCCGUGUUCCGCCCGGAAAAGAACACUAUGGACCGCUGCAGGAGCAACUCCCGCCGCCUUUCACGCACCAUUGGAAGAGACAGCCAGUAUUACAAACGGCAGGUUUCGUCCGUAUCCAUGACAUCACGCAGUCGGCAAUCCUCCGAGUCUUCUAUCGGACGGAUCAACUUGCUCAAGGAGAGGGAUCGUACGCCGUCCAUUCCCGGUAACGGUGUGGAGCCGUUCAGCCCUCCGGUGAAGCGAGAGAGCUUCUUGAGCAUGGAUGCAGUGCAGCCAGCACCAAACACGGCUGAAAGUGUCGAUCUGCGUCUACCGAAGCAUCGCAUUGUAUCAGUGUCUUCAGGUAGAGGAGCAUACAGUUCAGCAGCAGCAGCAGCAGCCGGGAAAGAACCUAGCAGUACUACUGACUCUGGGACGUCUUCAAGUGGCGCUGCAACUGGCUAUGCACUCUUGCCACACCACAACAGCGACACAAUCACCACUGAGCAGGUAUCGAGCAUGUCGGAGGAGAUAGACCCGGACGCAAGUUCAGUAACAACCGCACAAGCUGAUUCUCUGCUGCUGAGCCAAAGCAUUGCCACUCUGCCUGCUGGCACUCUGCCCAGCCGCAUACCGGAUGGACUCGAUCUUGAGCAAAAUCCCGGCACGGCAUAGAGCUUCAUUCUGCAAACCGAGUGUUGCCCGCCGCUAUAUCCCGCAAUUCACUGAAUCCUGAUUUGCUCCUUAUAUGCCACGAACUUAUAGUGAAUCUCGUGGAAAUUCCCCUUUUGGCCCUUUCCCCCUUUUCAUUGAGAGACACUAUCGAAGGUAGUGUGCAACGUGAGACCAACUUGAGCACGAUCUUGUUGACGAAUAUAUCAUUAUGCAGCUGAGCAAUCUCGUUGAGCAAAGAGAGAAACUAGUGGCAUUAUUGCAUGUGACCUAUAUUGAACUGCCUCCUUUGUUAUUAUCUCUAUUUUUCUACCAGUAACAGUCACUACUAGCCUCAGGUGCAAAGCCUUUUUUUGCCUAUUUUGUUCCUUGUCUUACAAGUAGUGGAAGCAGCCGGUGUUUUCUAUUUGUUGCAAGUGUUCUCACUGUGUUCACAUCUGCAGUAAUGGAAGCAGAGGACCCCACUGCCUGUACGGGUUUUGUCUCCUGUGCUUGUGUUCCUACUUCAUAUUAUUUUACCUGUCAAUAGUCGGAUUGUAUGUUGAAUGUGAAACUUAUUUAUUUGCAUUAUGGCACCAGGUUUUGCAACAACA